GGGUGAAGAAAAAACAAGGAAGUGACGUCAUGCGUUGUUUACGGUAGAUAACUGUUGCCUCUCUCGGAGUCAUCACAGCUUAUUUUCUUUAUAAACAUAAAUGUAGCUUUUUAUUGGGCCGUGAACGUCAGUGGAGAAUAAAGUGGAUGUGUUGUGUUCAGUGAUGUCAUAAAGAAGGAGUCACUGUCGAGUCCCCCCCCCCCUCUCCCCGUGGGGGUGCAGAGGUUUCUUCAGACAUGGCGACUGAACUCCAUGAGACUAUCUUCAUGGCCAAGCAGGAGCGCCAUAAGAACCUGUUUCUGAACUACAGGAACCUGAUCCAGUUCCCCGUCGAGCUGCUGAAGGAUGAAGGUCUUCAGUUUCUGGAGAGACUGUACAUGAAGAGGAACUCGCUCACUACACUGCCUGAUAAUCUCGCCCAGAAGCUCCCAAACCUGAUUGAACUGUAUUUGCACUCAAACAACAUCGUGAUUAUUCCUCAAGCUAUCGGGAACCUGGCUCGCCUGCAGUCCCUGGAUCUGAGCAACAACGCGCUGCAGCUCCUCUGUCCGGAGGUCGGCCGGCUGAGAUCUCUGCGUCACCUGAGGCUGUCCAACAACCACCUGAAGAGUCUUCCUGCAGAGAUCGGGGAUCUGCAGGAGCUGGAGACUCUGGACGUGUCCAUGAACCAGCUGAUCUCUCUGCCGGAUCGGCUGCACCGCUGCGUCUCUCUGCAGAACCUGACGGCCGACCGCAACCACCUGAGCCACUUCCCCCGACAGAUCUGCUGGCUGCACCGCCUCAACCAGCUCUCCAUGGCCGCCAACCGGCUGACCUUCCUGCCGCUCGAUCUGGGCAGAUCGAGGGAGCUGCAGUUUGUGUUUGUGGACAACAACGUGGACCUGAAGGGUCUCCCGUCCUACUUAUAUAACAAGGUCAUCGGCUGCAGCGGGUGCGGCGUGUCGGCCCGGGUGUCGGAGGCGGGCCUCGGUGAGGUUCUGGGUGAGGCGCUGAGUGAAGCGCUCGUCGGGCUCCCGGCUGAGGUGAAGGUGGUCGGCACGGGGACAGAUAACGUGGUUCCCCUGGAGGAGCUCGCCAUGAGAACCCUGCACCGCAUGUACAGCCAGCGGCCGACAGACCUCAGCCUGCUGCCUCCCAUCGACCUCCCGAAGAGCCUGCUGGACCUGCUGCAGUUUCCCCUGGGACACUGCCACCGCUGCAGCCAGGCCAUGUUCACCAUCAUCUACCCCAAACUCUUCCCCCUCAGAGAGACCGCCCUGGCAGGAGUCCAUCGCAGGACGACGGUGAGUUUUGUGGCCUAUUGCUGCUCCAGUCGCUGCCUGAGGACCUUUGACCUCCAGGGAUGACGUUGUCCUCAUUCAGCUCAGGAUGCUGCUGGGCGGUUCUCCAGAAGAGGACGGACAGAUGUUUGUAGUUUGUGUGAAAUCUUAAAAGGUGUUGUGCUUGAGUGACUAAAACUGAGAGAACCACAGAGACGUGGAGGAUGUUUGCAGAGGACUCAAAGUUCAACACACUACGGUCAAAGACUUAAAGCUACAUGACGCUCCUGGAGGAGGAGUGUGGUGACGCUCAAAGAUAACAUCUAACAUGUGUGAACGAUGCACCUACAGGUUCAUUUAACUAGAAACUUUCACUCUCACACUGACAGAGUUCAGUUCUGUCCACAUAAAGAUGAUGACCUCAGAGAGGAGGGGGGGGGGAUUUUUCAGUGUUCAUUUCGAUGACGCCAGACUUGAUUUUCACUGUUUGCUUCUGAUUGGAGCAAAGAAAGGAUGACUUUGUGGAUUGCGCGCCAUCUUUUUCUCUCUUUUUUGCACAGGUUUAGCCGUGCAUUAAAAGCAGCGCGAUCCUUCAGUGAGUCACUAACAGUGUUAGACAUGAAGUCAACAUUCACUAAUGUGCACUUUCCACAUUUCAGUCAUUUGUCACACGUCAGGCUGAUAGUGAAGUUUUAUUUGAGUUUGAGUGUUUUUGAAGACAUUUAAAGGUCUGUAGUCUUUUUUUGAGGCUGCACAGAUAGGUUGUUUUUUUAAGAUUUAUUUUUGGGCUUUUGUGCCUUUAAUGGAGAUAUAUGACAGUGGAGGAGGAUGGAGGGUAAUGACAUGCGGGAGAGGAGCCACAGGCCGCAUUCGAACCUGGGCCGCUCGCUUUGAAGGCUACAGCCUCCGUACAGGGGGUGCGCGCACUAACCACUGAGCCACCAGCACCCAGAGGCUGCACAGAUUAACAAAAUGUUAUGAGGUCGGAGUUCAUCGAAGCUCCAGUGUGUAAAACAAGACGAGGAUGAAACGCGUCAUAAAGUGUGAUGUCAGACGUAUUGAAGGGCGGGUUUCCAGAUGUUGAGGGGGGGGGGGGAUGUGUUCCCUUCUGCAGCACUGUGAGGUUCUCCUGUUGAACUGACUCUUCUGUUGUGAACAAGUUUUAUUUAUCAUUUGUUUUUGUUGUUUGACAUUAAAUGUUGACCAUCUUUUUGA